CUUCAUCAGCCGACAUCGUUGCUGCUUCCCAUUUGACAUCCACUGAAACAAUGAAGGUCCUUGUACUGUGCGUUAUUGUUGCUGCGGUUUUGGCGGUUACCCAAGGCAGGAGUGCCUGCGCGUGUCCCAAAAACUAUGACCCCGUAUGUGGGAGGGACAACAAGACCUAUCCUAACGAUUGUGUACGGAAUUGCGCAAAUACACAAAAAAAGUCUGACGGCCCGUGCCCAUCAUGCAUUUGCACACUGAAUUAUGACCCCGUUUGCGGCAAGGACGGGGUCACCUAUGGCAACGAGUGCAGGCUGGACUGCAAGGGAGUGGAGAAAGCCAGCGAUGGAGCUUGUGAUCAGUAGUUAGUGCUACUAAACGCCGGUAUAUGUUCGCAUUGAACUGAAAUAUAUUAAUAAAG